AAUCAAUCCAGAAUAUAAGCUUUUGAGACGAGAAUAAAAGGUGUGAAUAUGAACAGUAGAGCAGUAAACCUUUUUAACAGCCUGUGUUUACAUAUAAAAACGCAAAAAACUGCGAAUCGCGAAGAAAAACAAAGAAAUUCAGAUUUAGUAAAAAAUAUAAAAAUGUCAAAUAACACGGAACCGUGCUAUUUCUGUUGUGCUAGAUGCUUGCAACCAAUUCAUUUACACGAGAGCUUUUCAAAUAUCAAUGAACUUCAAACUGCAACAUUAAAUUUACCAAUAAGGCAAAAUGAUGUGUCAGACAUCGAAUUGUCAGCAUCUAGUUUGGAUCAUUUUGUUCCACCAUUUUCCCUUAAGCAUGAUUCCGAGAAAAAUGGAUUCAUGGUCAUCGAGAAUGAUAAGGAAGUGGAAAUAGAAUCAUUAAGUCAGAAUUUAAGGCUUAAAGCUGAACUAUUUGAUAAUUUAUCAUCAAUAUCAGAGAUUAAUCAUCCAGUAUGUACAGACUGUUCAGACUUUCUCCUAGAAAUGAUGGAUCAGCAGUUAAAAAUCGCUGAAAGUGAAUGGAAUGACUAUAAUAAUUAUCUUAAGAAAUUGGAAUUGAACGAGGAGAUACCAGAUGUUGAGAACCUUGAAAAGGAAUUAGAUAACUUAUUGUUAGAAGAAACUCGAUUAUUGACCGAUUUAGAAACACUUAAAAAAGAAGAAGAUACGAUCAAAGAGACUAUUCGAGUCCAAGACGAAGAAAAGAAAAGACUCAAAUUAGAAGAUGAAAAGUAUUGGCGAGAGUACACAAAGCAUAGAAGAGAGCUUAUUGCAGCAGAGGAUGAAUAUCGUAGUCUUGAAUGUCAAUUAAAUUACUCAAAAUCUCAAUUAGAGAAGCUCAAAGCAACCAACAUCUUCAACGUUACCUUCCAUAUUUGGCACUCGGGACAUUUUGGAACAAUUAAUAACUUUCGUCUUGGGCGUUUACCAUCAUCACCUGUGGAUUGGAGUGAAAUUAAUGCUGCCUGGGGUCAAACGUGUCUACUUUUGUCAGCCUUAGCUCGAAAGAUUAAUUUUACAUUUAAGAGAUAUAACUUAGUUCCGUAUGGAAAUCAUUCGUAUAUUGAGGUUCUCGGUGAAAAUAAAAAGGAAUUGCCAUUAUAUGGAAGCGGUGGCUUUCGGUUCUUUUGGGAUACAAAGUUUGAUGCUGGAAUGGUUGCUUUUGUAGAUUGUCUACAACAAUUUAAGGAAGAGGUUGAGAAAGGAGAUUCUGGAUUUUGUUUGCCCUAUAAAAUGGAUAAAGGAAAGAUUGAGGAUCCAGCGACUGGAAAUUCUUAUUCUGUAAAAAUCCAAUUCAACAGCGAAGAGCAGUGGACGAAGGCAUUAAAAUUCCUCCUGACCAAUUUAAAAUGGGGCUUAGCUUACAUUUCAUGUGAAAGUGAUAAAUAAAUUCCAAAAAAUAUAUAGCUCAUAAUUUAUGUCAAUAUAAUAUGUAAAACUAUAAAUAUAAAUAUUUAUUUUCGCGUCGUAUAAAGAACUAGAAGCAUAAAAUUCAAUUUUCACUUUCUUUUGGUGCUUGAUAAGGCUUUGUUUUAUGGCUUUUAUAUUCUUCAUCUUCGUGGAAUUCCAGAAAACAUUUAUGGCAGAAAAUAUUUUCACAUUCUAUGCACCGAAUUACUGCAUCCUCAUUACAAAUCUCACAGAAUGGAAGUUCCUCAAUAUCUUUCUUAUUUUCAGGUUUCGGAAUUGAAUUUAUAAAUUCACUUUCAAUUGUUUCGUCUAAAUCUGGAAGUUUUGCUUCUUCAAGGUACUGCAUGAUUGUCCUAUCUACUUCUUCCUGCUCAGUUUCGUCUGAAAAGUCUGGAAGUUGGGAUCUUAAUUUAGACACAUCUUGGCCUCUCAAAAGUGCUAAUCGUCUCUCAAUGUCAUCAAUAGAGCCUGACGAUUCCUCUGGUUGACUUGAGUAUUGCUGAUUAAUAUCCCUUUCCUCAACAAACUGCUUUAACAAGUCAUCAAUCUUUUCCUGUUCUGUUCGUGUGUCUUUUGAGAAUAUUAUCUUAUCGGUUGGCUUUCUAUAGUCAACUCCUUUCAAAUUAGCUAGUCUCAUUUGAAUAUCAUCAAUGUUUGAGUCCUCAACUGUCAUUUCUGGAUCUUUCAAUUCAUCAAGUCGUGUUCUUAUUAAAUUAUCGUCAUUUGAUGUUGAUGGCUCUAAAAUUGGACUGGUUACUUCUUCAGGCUUGACACCAAGUAGUUCUUCAAGCGGUGGUUUCACAUGUUUGCUACCAAUCAUUGGAUCUUCCUGUAUUUUUGAACAUCUCAAACAGACCAAAAUAGUUUUCUUUGGAUUAUCGAUGGCUGCAAUUUUAUAGCACAGACAUUUCUUGCAAAACACUUUAUUACACUUUGGACAUCCCAGCUCCUUUGUAAAGAACCCGAAAGCCUUGCCACAAGUAUUACAAUUUGACAUUUUUAAUGUAUUAGAAAAGGUAAACAAAGGAAAUGAUUCAUAGUUGUAGGAACUGAAUUUCAU